AUGGCGAACAAGAUGGUCGGCCUGCGGGAAGGAGAGCAGCAGCUGUUGAGUCGGAGCUCACUAGGCAGCAGGAGUGGCGAGCAAGGAGCUGCAUCGGGCUCAGAGCAUGGCGAAGAGGGCGUGUGGAUAGUUCAUGGGAAUGAAGACGAAGAGAGCGUUCUGUGGGUAGUUAGUGAAGACAGCCCCUUCACGAUCGGCCGAUCCUCCUCAUGCAACGUCGUGAUCGACGACCAAUGCAAGUCUGUGUCCAAGGUCCACGUGACGAUCCGGAGGAGGAGGACGGGCUGGGAGAUCAGAGACUGCAGCUCAGGCGGCACUCAUGUGGGUGCAAUGUUCCUGCAACGGCGCGCCAUGCCGCUGGCGGGAGGGGACACCUUCCAUAUCGGUGGGACCAAAUACGGCAAGACAUUCACAUUCGCAUACUUCAAUCUUCAUCAUCUGAAGGGGAACAGGAGAAUAAUCAAUUACCCCAAGUCCGAAUUGAAUCCCCUGGAAAGGCCUGAAGAAGAUCAGAAAGAGAUGGAUGAUCCUCUUCGCGAUGGUUGGUUCAGGACACUUCACGGAUUUGAAGAGGACUCGCUAAGUUCCACGACGUCAAGUUAUCAAAACAGGACAAGUGAAGGGCAUUCGAGGGAAUUUCAGGGUCGCAUCUCACCUGCCCUGGACGCUGAAGGGCUGCAUUUCGAAAGGGAGAAUGUUGACAAGAUCAAGUCAUUCGAGGAUACCAAGCAAAAAUUGACUAGAAGGAAAGCCAUCAACUCGAUCAAAGAGACCCUGGACGACAACGAUGGCUUCGAUGAUCGCUUUUCAAAGCCACUGAACGUUCCCAACGCGAUCGCCAGGAGUGUUCACGACUCUGAUCAAAUUCUCAAGUUCGCCAAGAAGAGGCUUGAGCAGGCGAUUUUAUGCGGUGAAAUUCCCCGAUAUCGUUUGGGCCCUCGAACGUCAGAUCCUGUACAAAUCGCCGACGACUGGAGUUCAAGCGAACAGGAAACGAUGCAACGAUGGAAACUGAGCAAGCUGAAAGCUUCCCAAGAGGCGGAGGAGGCAAAGAGCUCUGAGAAGGGCAUGACCAGGAUGGAGAUCGAACGGAACAGGAGGAUAGUUGAGAAGGAAGAUUACGUCUUCAAAACCUACAUGAACAAGAUGGAGAAAGUGUAUGAGGAGAGAAAGAAAUCGCGACAAGAGCUGGGACUCAUCAAGUCCAAAUCAAAGGACAAGUAG